AUGUCGAAACAGAACACUUCACUUUCCACGAAAAAAGUUCACGUUUACAACCAGUCUUCGAACGCGUCCCCAAAUGAUAUAAAGAGUAUCCUCUCAGGUACUGCUACCCAAUAUCUUAUCGCUAGGUAUGAGAGCUGCCGGGGGUUGAGCAUUGUUGGUGGUAUACCUGAUGAUUGGGAUGCUCGAGCAUUCGUCUUGGAGAAUAGUAAAUGUCCAGAAGGGACACACGGACCGAAAGACAUAGAAGAAUUUUAUCAUUGCACAACCAAGGACGAUGCAAGUACUCGAACCUAUUAUUUAAUCAACAAAGGUCUUUAUCAUGAGGAACGCCCCAUCGUAGAAGUUGGUGUUUCCACCUGCACCUAUGAAGAAGACCUCAUCCAGCUCUGA